AUGCAAGGGUGCAUGAGUAGAAAUGACAAUGAACGACAAGCUUUUGCCGAGAACCUCGCAAGGAAGUUUCAAGCUAAGGAAGAUGCCUUCGGCAAUGCUGAAAGUACUCAACCUCGACCAGUUCAAGGUGAGUCUAGCAGAAGGAACGAUGGCGUAGCAACCGGAACCAGAUCCAGGCGUGCCACAAUUUCUGAUGAUAAUCCUAGGCCAACCAAGAGAGGCGGUGGUCGAAGUGGUUCUGAGCGUGGUGGAAGAAAUGGUGGCAGCCGGACUAGGUUGUCUAAUGCUGAUCAAGGUGGAUGUGGAAGCGUUGUUGAGCGUGGAGGAAGAUCAAAUGCAGGAGGUCGUGGUGGUUGCGGCUAUCCUCACUUCAUGAACAUGCUUCCCGGUUUUUCGAAUACUGGUUAUUUUGAAUGGUUGGUGUAA